ACUAUGGAUUGCUAAAAUGUCGUGUUCUGUUUUGGUUUCAUCUCGAAAUAAAGGAAAUCAAUUUUCCAAAUAAAAUCCAUGAAUUUAGAAUUAUACUUUACGUAAAUUACUUAAGAAAUUUGGAAUAGUCAACUUGCCAAUAAACAGGUGGUUAUUGUUUUUCAGCCAUGAACACUACAGCACCGACAUCGGCAGAUGCCUGCCUCAGUAUAGUCCACUCCCUGAUGUGCCACAGGCAAGGGGGUGAGAGCGAGGGUUUCUCCAAGAGAGCUAUUGAGUCACUAGUCAAGAAGUUGAAGGAAAAGAGAGAUGAAUUGGACUCCUUGAUCACAGCCAUCACCACUAACGGUGCUCACCCUAGCAAAUGUGUCACUAUACAACGCACAUUAGAUGGUCGGUUACAGGUAGCAGGAAGAAAGGGUUUUCCUCACGUCAUCUACGCCCGUAUAUGGCGCUGGCCGGAUCUUCACAAGAACGAACUGAAACAUGUGAAGUUCUGCCAGUUUGCAUUUGAUCUCAAGUGUGACUCAGUGUGCGUUAACCCUUACCACUAUGAGAGAGUCGUGUCUCCAGGUAUUGAUCUUUCCGGGCUAACACUCCAGCCAGGUCCUAGUAGGCUGGUCAAAGAUGAGUACACAGCGGGGCUCAGUGGAAACGGCAUGGACAUGGACACAGGGGAGCUGGUCACCAUACAGCACCAUGCCACCAGCCCCAGACAUCACCACCCAAACAUACAACACCACCACCAACAAUUCCAAACAACAAAUAUAAUUAUCAACCAAGGACAAACGCCAGAUGGCGUUGCGAAUAUGUUUUCCCCACACGGCCCGCGGCCUUCGAUGCGACCGGGAGCGCCAUUGGUGCCGUCACAAAUGGUGCACUCGCCUGGCGCGCAAAUGCUAAACCAUCAGUCGAAUCAGAUGCCAGGCACACCGCAAAUGGGUCCGGGAACACCGCAGAUGGGUCCGGGGACACCGCAAAUGGGGCCAGGCACACCACAAAUGGGGCCGGGCACACCGCAGAUGGGGCCGGGCACACCGCAAAUGGGACCAGGGCCGCCUCAGAUGGGGCCGGGGACACCGCAGAUGGGGACAAACGUGCCGCAGAUGGCGUCCCCGAGAAUGGCGUCGGCUCCCACACAGAUGUCCCCAGGAACGCCCCAAAUGCCGAGUAUAAGCCAGGGCAUGUCUAUACCGAGCCCCCAACAAAUGGCAAUGGCGCAACAGAGAGCUAUACUCGCCCCAAAACUGGAACCGCCCGAUACAAUGGACGCGCGCGCGAUGUGGCUGCCGAAAAGAAUGAACCAUUCUGCAAUGCCAGUCAGUAUGUCUCCAGGCGCGACUACUCCGUUACUCGACGGCUCCAACAAUACGUUCUUCACAUCUGAACAGACAACUGCUGACACGCAAAUGACUCAAACUUUACCAGCGGGUUCAGUGGCAGUAUCAGCGGUGUCGGCGGUGCCAGUGACAGCGGUAUCAGCCAUGCCCACCGAGCCCCAGCAAAACGGCUUUCCCGCUGGUAGUCCCGCGCCUCAGCAGAGUCCAGUACCACAUCGCACGCAGCACCAGCAGGGUACAUGGACAGGCAACAACACACUGACAUACACGCAGAGCUUGGCGCCGCCGCCGGCCGCCCCGCCCGUGCCGGUUGAUGCGCCUGCGCAUCAUCAUCAUUAUUAUAAUGGUAAUCCUGGUGGUUUGCUGUCGAGUCAACCAGCCCCAGAGUACUGGUGCUCAGUGGCAUACUUUGAACUGGACACACAAGUGGGAGAGACAUUCAAAGUGCCUUCCAGUAGGCCCAAUGUUACUGUUGACGGUUACGUUGAUCCUUCUGGCGGCAACAGAUUUUGUUUAGGAGCCCUAAGUAAUGUACACAGGACAGAGCAGAGUGAACGAGCUAGGCUCCACAUCGGUAAAGGCGUUCAGCUGGACCUGCGCGGCGAGGGCGACGUGUGGCUGCGGUGUCUCUCAGACCACUCGGUGUUCGUGCAGUCGUACUACCUCGACCGGGAGGCGGGCAGGGCGCCGGGCGACGCUGUGCACAAGAUAUACCCGUCGGCUUGUAUUAAGGUAUUCGACCUGCGGCAGUGCCACCGUCAGAUGCAGACGCAGGCGCGCACGGCGCAGGCCGCCGCCGCCGCGCAGGCCGCCGCCGUCGCAGGACACAUACAGCCUGCGCAUCCUGGGAUGAACAAAUGUCUAUCAGCUGCCGCCGGCAUCGGCGUGGACGACUUGCGGCGGCUCUGCAUCGUGCGACUGUCGUUUGUGAAGGGCUGGGGACCAGACUACCCUCGGACCUCCAUCAAAGAGACCCCCUGCUGGGUUGAAGUACAUUUACACAGAGCAUUGCAACUUCUGGACGAGGUGUUGCAUACGAUGCCCAUCGACGGUCCUCGGACGAGCAUCGAGUAGGAGUUGAUCGGCUUCUUUUGAGGCCUUCGAGCUAGCACCGCCCGCCUGGCGAAUGCUUUCGCUGUACACUACUCAAAACACUCCAUCCCCUUUCUGUCCUCCUAUUUUAAAAUUCUUUAAAA